CGAGACGUCGGAUCUCAGGGUGAGAGUGGCCCUCUGCCAGAGUGGCCCAUCUGGCGCGGGCGCGCUGGGGGUCCCCAGACGGCGGAGUGCCGUGCGGUGGCAGCGGCUUGCGCGCUCGGGGUUGGCAUCCCCGCGCCCCCCGCAGGCCAUGCACCAGGGGUCGGUCUUGCCCGGGUGCCGCUCUCUUCUGCGCGUGGCCGAUCCUCCGUGCCGCUCAACGACGAGAUCAUGGCGUGCAGCUCUUGGCAGGAAGUGCUCGGCCUCGCGGGUCGCAAGGUGGAGCUCAUGGACGAGCUCAACAUCGUCACCGCCCUCACCAGGACCGCGAGGCUGCACCGGGACGGGGACGGCGGGCGGACGCCGCUGGAGCGCGUGCGCGGCCACGAGGGUCUGUGCACCCUGCUGGAGCACGCCAGGCACUUUGCGGUGCGGUGCCGGCCGCAGCAGCUGGCCAACGCUGCCUGGUCGUGCGCCGUGCUGCUGUGCCAGGAUGCCCCGCUGCUGCAGAAGAUCUGCGGCCUGGCGGUCUCUCGGCUGGGCGGUUUCACGACGCAGAAUGUGGCGAACACCGUGUGGGCGCUGGGGACGCUCGGCUUUCACCACGAGGAGAUGCUGAGGGCCGCCCUGGGCUACGCGGAGGCAAACAUUCGUGACUUCACCCCGCAAGACCUCGGAAACACAUGCUGGGCCUUCGCGAGGCUUCAGCGCCAGUGCGAUUCGCUAUUUCAGCUCGUGGUUCGAGAGUCGCUGGUGCGACUGAACGACUUUCAGCCCCAGAAUAUGUCCAAUCUCGUUUGGGCGUGCGCGACGAUUCUCUACAAGGAUGAGGCUGCUAUGCACGUGCUGGCGACCCACGCGGCUGGCCGAGUAACGGAAUUUACGCCGCAAGAGCUCUCGAAUCUCACAUGGGGCAUGGCUACGCUCAACCUGAUGUGCGAGCCUUGGCUUAGCGCCAGUGGCGCGGAGAUGGCGGUCCGAUCCCGUGAGUGUUGUCCUCAGGACUUGUCCAACACUCUCUGGGCAUAUGGCACACUGAAGUACAAGUGCAACGACCACGUGCGAGCAAUGAAUUGGCAGGUGAUGAGGCUCAUCGAGCACUUUUCCCCCCAGGGAUUAUCGAAUGUUGCAUGGGGCCUGUCUGCGAUGGAGUACCGUGACCAGAUGGCACUGACAUGCAUUUGCGAGGAGGCGAUGCGCAGGCCCCUGGAGCAGAUGACGCCGCCCGAUGUGUCCACGCUGCUGUACAGCUGCGCAGUGCUGGCGUGGCUGCACGACGGCUUUCUGGCAUGGCUGCGGCGUGCCAUUCGCUAUCUGCUCCCAGUUUUUGCCACGCGAGACGUGGCAAACGUUUCGUGGGCUAUGGUUAUCCUGUCGCACCGCGACGACCACAUCUUCAGGCAGCUGAUGGCCAGGUCCCUGGAGAUGCUCCCUGACUUCAACGUCCAAGGACUGUGCAACAUCGCUUGGGCUUUCGUCCGCUUUGGCGUGGAAGUGCCAGCGGCGGUGGCGCUGGGCAUCGCAGAGCAGGCGGUGCGCAGGCGCCCCGAGCUGGCCGAGGAGCCCGGGGACGCAGUGCUGCUCAGCGAUGCCGUGUGCAGUGAGUGGCUGCAGCAUGUGCCAGCUCCCCUCUUUGAGGCGUGCGACGCCAUCGGUCGCGAGCACUUCGACAGACUGCUGCCGUUUCUCGCAGACAUGUCCAACAUCCCGAGCCUCGGCUGCGCGCGGGGGGAGGCCGAGCGGUAUCAGCAGCACAUCGAGGGCCUGAACUGCAUCCAGCUUGGGCGCCGGCUCACCGUGGAGCUGCUGCGGCGGCUGGGCAUGCUGGAGGACUCGCGUGAGGCCGCGGGCCAGCUGCGGUCGCUGCGCGAGCGGUGGCUCGCGGACGAGCUGGAGAGCGCGGACCCGACGGACGCCACAAUACGGCACAAGACCAUUGGAGCUUGGUCGCUGGCCUCCAGGUGCGGCUCCCAUGGCCCGGAGAUCGUGGCGAGCGGCAGCCCCAUGGGAGUCGACACCCGCUUCGUGUCCUGCGUCGUGGAGCACUCCCGCGCGAGCGACGCGGAGUUCCAGGUGCUCAACAGGGCGGCGGACCGCCUCCUGAGCGGCUUCGGCGCGGAGGGGGCAACCCUGCGGGUGGACGUGAGCGAGAUCCCGUGCCUGUCCUGCCUGGGCGCCUUCCGGCAGUUCCAGAAGGCCUUCCCUGGGGUGAACCUCUGCGCCUCCUUCAACAUCCGGAAGGUGUCCGACAUCUGCGACGACCGCUCCGCCGAGGCCCCGCCCGAGCCGCCGCGGCCGCCCCCGCGGGCGCACCUCGCCCCUCCGACGGUGCUGGCUCCGGACAACCGCGGCCGGCCGCCGCCCAGGGCUUCGCCAGCGCCCGCGCCCGACAAGCCGGCCAGGGCCGCCGUCGGCGCCUCGGCGGCGCAGGCGGCGGCGCAGGAUGCGACGCCGCCGCGCCCGGGAGCGCCAGCGCCAGACGGCGCCGGCGGCCACGCGGCGGACAGCGCCAGAGCUCGGGGCGCGCGCCUGGCGGCGGCGGAGGCGGAGCCGAUCGGGUCGGCCUCGCACCCGCUCGAGGUGGCUGGCGUGGAGGCGCUGGCCGGCCCUGGGGCGGCGGACGCCUGGAGUGGGGCGCGCACGGCGAAGCGGCCGCAGCAGCAGUCUUUCUACUGAUGCUGGGGCGGGGCGAGCGUCCUGGCGCAGACGUGGCAGCGUCGUGAAAACAUCACGGCGGGAGGUCCUUUUCGUUUGCUGCAGUGCUCGACCUCCUG